UCACCUGCGCUCCAAACAGCGAGGCACGCGCGGUGCGUGGAUUAACAACGGGCGGUGUGGCUCAGAGCUCUGGGUUCCACAUGAGGCUGGAGGCCGCAGACAGGAUGGACGUGUUCAAGAAGCUGUGGAAGGCGAGGAAGCUGAUCCUGGUGGUCUUCAUCCCCCUGUCACUGCUUCCGCUGCCGCUCAUCCACCCCACCAGCGAGGCAUGCUGUGGAUACGUGCUGAUGGUUACAGCGGUCUACUGGGUGUCUGAGGUUGUUCCCUUGGGUGCUGCUGCUCUGGUUCCUGCUUUCCUUUACCCACUGUUUGGGGUUCUAAAGUCCAGUGAGGUUGCAGCAGAGUACUGCAAAGACACAACUCUCCUGCUAAUUGGUGUCAUCUGCCUGGCGGCGUCCAUCGAGAAGUGGAACCUGCACAAACGCAUCGCUCUGCGCAUGGUGAUGGUCGCAGGAGCCAAACCUGGCAUGUUGGUGCUGGGCUUCAUGUGCUGCACCGUCUUUUUGUCCAUGUGGCUCAGCAACACGUCCACCACCGCCAUGGUGAUGCCUAUAGCAGAGGCUGUCCUGCAGCAGCUCAUCUGCACUGGCCUGGCCGACGUUCACCACCACUCGGAAACCAGCAACAGCCCCGAGGAUGACAGCGGUGUUUCAGACAAAGAAGAAAACCUGGACAAAAACCAGAUGGAGCUUCUCUGUCACAGUGACAGCAGCAGCAGCAGCAUCCCUAAUCAGGAGCUUUCUACACUGAAGGAGACUGGGGAACCAAAUGGUUUGGCAGUUAGGCCAGACUUGAGCCAAGGGAUCAUCAAACUCACAAAUGGACACUUGCCUGAGGUUGCGAUUGAAAUUCCAAAUGUGAAGCGGGUGAAGAUGAGGAGAGACUCUCAGUAUCCAACAAAGACCGAUCACAUGGUCUGCAAAUGUCUGUCACUGAGUAUCACCUACGCUGCAACCAUCGGCGGACUCAUCACCAUCACCGGCACGUCAACCAACCUCAUCUUUGCUGAGCAGUUCAACACUCGUUAUCCGAAUGCAAAGGUGAUCAACUUUGGGACGUGGUUCAUCUUCAGUUUCCCCAUCGCCAUCAUCAUGCUGGUUCUCACCUGGCUGUGGCUCCACUUCCUCUUCCUCGGCUGCAAUUUCAGGGACACGUGUUCGCUGAGUAACAAACGCAAGACUCAGAGAGAGAUGAUGUCAGAGAAGAGGAUCCAUGAGGAGUACGCAAAACUGGGACCCAUCAGCUACCCAGAGGUGGUGACGGGUGUUUUCUUCAUCCUCAUGACUCUGCUGUGGUUCACCAGAGAACCGGGGUUCGUGCCUGGCUGGACGUCUCUGUUUGAGAAGAAAGGUUACAGAACUGAUGCAACAGUGUCUGUCCUCCUGGGUUUCCUUCUCUUCCUCAUCCCGGCCAAACGCCCCUUCUCCUCUUCCUCCAGCGGCAGAGAUAAAGAUGGAGACUCUGAAUCUGACCCACUGGCUCCCAUGAUCACCUGGAAGGACUUCCAGAGGCUGAUGCCCUGGGAGAUUGUCAUACUCGUGGGAGGGGGCUACGCGCUGGCCGCUGGCUGCAAGGUGUCGGGCCUGUCAGUUUGGAUUGGGAGACAGCUGGAGCCCAUGAGCGGUCUUCCUCCCUGGGGCGUCACCCUGUUGGCCUGUCUGCUGGUGUCUGUAGUCACAGAGUUCGCCUCCAACCCAGCGACUCUCACUGUGUUCCUACCCAUCCUGUCCACACUGUCGGAGACGUUGAACAUCAACCCCCUCCACACGUUGAUCCCCGCCACCAUGUGUGUGUCCUUCGGGGUCAUGCUUCCAGUGGGGAACCCCCCCAACGCAAUUGUCUUCAGUUACGGCCACGUGCAGAUCAGCGACAUGGUGAAAGCCGGUUUUGGGGUCAACCUGAUCGGCGUGGCGGUUGUGAUGCUGGCCAUUACCACGUGGGGGGUUUCCCUCUUUGACCUCACAGAGUUCCCAGUGUGGGCGAUGACUGGGAACAUCACCGGCAGUUUAUAACCACCAGAGGGCAGGACCAGCGGCAGAAGGAUUUUUGACACAACUGGGUCU